ACCUCAAUCAAUAGCAAACAAAUACAAAUAUAUAUAGACACGCAUUGCAGCGCAGCAAUCUCUGUUAUUCUGGUAAUAAAACAGCAACAAAUCCAUGGAGAUGAAAUUAUAUCAAACAGCUUCAAUUUGUUUGCUGCUGCUGAUGAUACAGAGUCAGAGUGCUGAGGGUCAAGAUAGGAAGUGCAUAAACAAGCUGCUGCCUUGCAUGAAAUUCCUGAAUGGAACAAGAGGGAAUCCACCAGAUAGUUGUUGCAAUCCACUAAAAGAUGUGAUAAAGAACAUGCCUGAAUGCUUGUGUCAAAUGGUAAGUAUCAAAGGCAGCAAUGCAGCGGAGAAAGCUGGGAUUGACAUUAACGCUGCUCAAAUGUUGCCUGCUAGAUGUGGACAGCCUGUUAAUUACAUGGGAUGUCUCAAGGAUUCGAUUGGUUUGGAGGCUUAUUCUAAAGAAAAAGCCGUGGUUGAUUAUUGACUUGAUUCCGGAAAGAGGUAAGUCUCGUGGUUAAUCUUGACUUAGGGAAUUAGGACUUGAGUGAUCUAUUUACUACUUGAUUUAUGUGUGGGGACGACGUAUAUGCAAGGUGAUGAGUAUAUAUACAUUGUUAUGGGUUAAGCAUACGGGAUGGGCUACUCUAUUUUUUGUCUCCUCUUGUUUCAUGCCUUCAUUUACUCCAGGUUACUACGUGUUAAAUGCUUUAAUUGUUAAUUGCCUUGUUGAAUUCAUGCUUUUAUUUGUUACAUGCCUUAAUUAUCUAUAUGUUUCCAUGAAUUUGUGUCUUUAUUAUUGACUGUCUUUACUUGCCUUAUGUUUUUUAUGUUGUUAGAUAACCACUUUUAUUCAUUUUAUGUCGUUAUUUAUUUAAUUUCCUUAUUGCGUUUCAUUAUGAAAUACUCCAUAGUUGGUUGUAGCUUUACAGUUACAUGUU